AUGAUAAUCAACACAAUUAUCCUACUUCUCUCAAUUCCAAUUUGUAUUUUUGGAUUCUAUAAACUAAUCACCCAAUCAAUUAUCCAAUAUUCAACUAGAAUAUUUUUGAUAAUGAGUUUAGUUUUUAUCAUCGAUCAUCAAAUUGCUCUAAUCACUGUUAGGAUACAAACUUUUGUAUUGUUGUAUUCUGGAGUUUGUGAAAUUCAGGUGUCUGAAUGUUUAUUUAUGUUUCAAGGAACAAUUAUUGGAAAUGCAGGACUGUCUCUGAUCCAAUUAUCAAUGUCUCUCGAUAGAAUUUUGAAUUCAAUAUUCAAAGAUAUCUAUUUCACAUAUCGCCAUGUUUUCGGCCCAAUUUUCUCACUUCUAACUAUCUUCGCAUCAAUAGAAGUGUACAAAUACAUUCUUCUCAAAAAUCCUUUAACCGAAUUUAUCGUAACCUGCGAAAGUCUUCCAACAGAAACUUUCGAGAGAUAUGAUUUUAUAAUUACAUGCACUUUAUAUUUAUCGAUUAUUGAUAUUUUCGUAGAUUUAAUUGUUUUGCGAUUAAGUAUUAUUCAUGAGAGAAAUAUGCGGAAAUUUUAUUCCGUUCAAAAACGAUAUGAAGCUAAUGCAAGUUUGAAGUGCACCCAAACAGUUAUGACAAUUUCAUCAAUUCAAUUUCUCUCACAAAUGUUUUAUUCAGCAAUGUACCUAAUUAUGAUGUAUUUUUUCGUGGAUUAUACAUCAAUAAGUUUCAUUUUAUUGAAUCUUCUCGGUUAUGUGAGUUUUAUUAUUAUUAUUUAUAGUUAGUGUGAUAUCCAAAAUUUCAGCCAGUAGUUUAUACGAAUACAUUACAUGCUUGCUUGAUUAUUUAUUCAGUGAAUCGUAUCAAAAAACAGCGCAAACAGGGCAUUGAAAAUAUGAAAAAUCAAAGAUUAUCAAUGGAUGAACAUAUGAAUAAACUGAAAACUGCGUGGGGAUGA